AUGAGAGCUGAAAACAUCGUUUUGCCGCGUGACGGUUCUUUCGGAAUGUCCGCAGCCACUGGUGGCCUUACUGUCUCAUCCCAAUGCUCCACUGACCAGUUUGCGUGUUUGGAUGGAUCCAAAUGUAUACCACUCCUAUGGCUAUGUGAUGGAGCUCGAGAUUGUCCUGAUGGCAGUGAUGAAAAGCACUCAAAAUGUCAUCCACAUUUGAACGACAUCAAAUGUUUCGGAAACCAACCAGAAUGUCUUCAUGGUGGUGUUGGAAGAUGUAUACCAAACGAAUGGCUUUGCGAUGGACAUAAAGACUGCGAUAACGGAGAAGACGAAUUUAAUUGUAAUGGUAAUAGCGGGGUCACUGGAGCAGAUGGAUGCGGUCCAGGACAACACAGGAAUAUUCUUACCACGACCAAAUAUACUACGCAAAAAGCAGGAAAAAUAACUACAGCUACGAGCACAAGUAAGCCUGCGCCGUCACCUUCGACUACGACUAGUAAAACUAAGCCUCAAAGACCGACGAAUAGAAUUGAACAUAGUCCAAAUGAACCUAAGGAGCCGAGGUCACCGCAACCCAUCGUUCCAAUCGUCUCUUAUGCUGGGCAUGAUCGACUGCCAGACAUACAUCUUUACAAUGUCAAAUCCCUCAAAAUCAACAAAACCGACGAAAUACCUUUUCUCACUCUCAUGCCAGAGGUGACAUCACCAGAGCCAGGCGAACAGCCGACAAAUGUCACAAAUUCCAAUGCGACUACUACUCCCAUAGCCUCAGGCUCUUCGCAAUCAGAGCCUCCUAAAAAGGUCAUGACAAACAACUUGUCGCUUACAAGUUUGGCUAAAGUAUUCCGCACUCAAUUCCCAGCAUCUGAAGAACCGGUAGAUGUUCGCCGAGCACCAGAAAAGCCGAAUCCAUUCAAGAGACAAGCUGACCCAUCUUCAGUGGAGAACAAAACUCGAGAAGAAAUUAUCUAUGAUCUUGCAGAAGAGAAGCAACCUGAUAAAUCGGAGAAGCCCGAAGAGUCAAAGAAGGAACUGAGCGCUAUACAAGAGCCUAUCAAACCAGCACCGAACCCAGUUCGAUCUAUCGUUGUUGAUCCUAUUAGGCCUGUAAAUGCUUAG